AUGGCUAACAACAAGACCGACAACAACGACACUAGCUACAUCAACAUGGCGUCGGCCGUCGAGGACAGCAACAGCAGCGGGGGGCUGAGCCCCGGCGCCGGCGACGACCCGACGCUGAUCGGCAAGCACUGCGAGUUCGAGUACUGCAACCAGCUCGACUUCCUGCCCUUCUUCUGCCAGUCGUGUCGGGGCACGUUCUGCCUCGACCACCGCAGCGAGGGCGCGCACCAGUGCCGCGAGGAGGGCGCGUGGGCGGCGCGGCGGCGCGAGGCGGCGCUGGCCCGGCCCUCGGCCGGCGAGGGCUACCGGAUGCGCGACUUUGUCAGCGAGAAGCCGUGCGCCGACGACGGGUGCAAGACGGUCGUCGGCACGAGCCUGGUGCCCGGCGUGCACUGCGCGACGUGCAACCGCGACUACUGCCUCAAGCACCGCCUGCAGGAGGACCACGACUGCAAGAACAAGGAGCCCAUCGGCGCGCGGCCCGCCGCCGCCGCCGCAGCCGCCGCCAUGGCCGACAGUGCUAGGAAGACCCUCGACCGGUUCCGGCUGUGGAACGCGGGCCGCAAGGAGAAGUCGGCCGGGCUGAACCUCAAGGCCAAGAAGCUGCUAAGCAGCAGCGCUAGCAACAGCAACGCGGCGCGCCUGGUCGACCUCAACACGCUGAAGAAGACGGCCAAGGGUGACGCCAAGCUAGCGCCCGAGAGGCGCGUCUACCUGCACGUCGAGGCCGAGGCACAGACCACCAAGUCGACGUUCCCCAAGGGCGAGUUCUUCUACUCCAAGGACUGGGUCGUCGGCCGCCUGCUGGACGCGGCGGCCCGGAGCCUGCAGGUGGAGAACAUCAAUAACCAGUCCGACGACGAGAGCCUGAGACUGCGCGUGUUCCACGUCGAGGGCGGGCGCCUGCUCGACUUCAACGAAAAGGUUGGCGCCUCGUUGGCCACCGGCAACACCAUCGUCCUGCUUAGAGGCGUCGGGCCGUCGCCAGAUCUAAUUGAGGUAUGA